AUGGCAAAUAUAACCCGGAUCAUUGCCGCCAUAGCAAUGGGUCUUGUUCUCUUCACGUCUAUCUAUGGGGAUGGAGUCUUUGAUUGGAUUCAGUACGACAGAUUCGACGAAAUAGAUGCCCGCUUUCGUGCUGUUAAUGGCGGGACGUGCCGGUCUAGAAGUAAGGACCAGAUGGUCAUGCGCCCUGAUGUAGUGUCGCAGCUUCCGGUCUACAACCAGAUGUUGUCAAGAGUUUGGUAUGCCAACAGAACUGCGCUUAUCCAUUUACAUAACAUGGCGCUAAAUAGAGCUUUCUUUUACAGCUACAUCCUGCAAAGAAUGAACGACUCCGCCUCGUUCUCAAAGCAGCCUAAUUGGUUGUACUACUACUUCAGUUCAGCAGCAGAUGUGAACGCCAACCCUUCCAUGCUCAAUGGCAGCGCCUUCUACUUUGACAAUGACUGUCAUUACCCUAACUGGUUUAUCACAGUGCCUUUCAACAGAACCCUUCGUCUCUUUGCUCCAAAAGCUUUCAGAUGGGAUGACUACAGAGAUCCAGACAACCUACUCCGGGAGCCCACGAGAACAGUAGUCAAAGUCAACGAUUUGGGAGCCGGGACUUUCAAAAACUACACACAUCCUGGCUACAAGAUGAACACAUGGCAUAAAACAUGGUUGCCAGAUGUAACUGGAGACAAAGAUUCGCUGACCAAAUUCACAUAUCACGUUGGCAUUAAACGCUCGAAUAAAACGGGCCAGUUCAUGACAAAGACAUACGAAAGCUUCGCCUUCUUUGGUCCGUCCAUGCCCGGAGCCAAUGAAAAAGACCCUACAAUGCUACCAGUCCAAUGGACAGCCCCUUAUUUCGACUGUGGUGGUUCCAAUAAAUGGGUGGUCAGUGCCGUGUCGCCUGUGGUUGAUUACAUGCCCAGAUACUCAAACUAUACCCACUUACGAAGGCAAAGAAUUAUAGGUCUCAUCGUCAUGGACAUAGACUUCAACAAGAUCGACUUCAACGCGUGUGGUGUCAGUCCUGGAAAUCCUGGACCCAGCUACCUCUCCGGCAUAGACAAGUGCAAGAAGACUACAUCCUGCAAGCAUAUCCAAGGGUUUGGAUUGAAGAGGGGAGGAUAUAAAUGUGUCUGUAAGGCCGGCACGAAAUAUCCAUGGAAUCUGGACCCUGGAUUUUUGGGUUCUGAGAUCGAACAGGCUACAGAGCUGGAAUACAAGCAGGGUUUCCAGUGUGAACCAACUAAUU